UUCAGUUCUUCCCUCCUUAUUACAAAGUUGAAAACCCUAAUUCUUUUUUUUUUUCCACCCUUGCAUCUACUAAAAUUACCGCCCUGUUUGGAUGCCUAGAAAAUUAAAUAUUUUCUCGAGGGCUGACUGGAACGAAAACCUGAUUCCGUUGGAGCCCAUCUCUUAUUUUCUACUUUUUUUUAACCAAAUGAUCAUCUAACCGUUACAGUUCUUGCUUCUGCAUUGGACGAUUCAAGCAAUGUCGGAUGAUAUGCUCUUACAUUUCUCUUCCAACUCAUCUAAUCAGUCUGACCAAUCCUUGCCCACCAAGAUUGCCAAGCUCGAAGCUCGCAUGGUCGGCAAAGCCUCUUCGGCCUCUGCUCCCGCUCCCGCUACUGCCACCGUAGUAGCCUCAGCGCCUAUACAACAACAGCAAACCUGGUCAUCUGUCUCCUCCGCCAUGAAAUUCGUUACUGACGAAUUGCCAGAACCCUCUACAUCCAGUGACUCUGACGAUGAUACUGGAGGGGAGUUUUUAAUACAAGCCAACACUCAAAAGCGUCGAAAACUUGAAGAUGAAAGCUCAACUGCAUUUGAACAUGUUGAGGUUGUGGCUGAGGGAAGUCAAUUGAAUGUAGAAACCUUAGAAACUAAGGUAAGUGUUGAUGUAAAUAGGAAAAAACAGGGUCGUGGUAGGGGGCAUUCUGCUUCAGGUCGUGGACGUGGUUCAAGAAGUAAUGAUCAAACAAGAUCACAAAUAUGUCCUUCAACAGUUACACCUUCAAAUGGCCAGCUUGACAACUCAUAUAAUAAGGAUAGUAGGUCCAAGGAGAAUUUCCGCAAUGACAGCCGAUCUUCAUUAGAGGAAGAAGUUAUGUCUUUGCGGGCAAAAGUUGCAAACCUGGAGGAGGAUCUUCAUAAAUCACGUCAAGAAGCAUCUGAAUUUAAUGAUGUGUGCCAACAGUUAGAGAAGGAAUUGAAGGAUCUCAAAGAUAAAGAACAACAAGUAAACCCUAAGAGGACAAAAGUGAUUUCUGAUUUACUGAUAUCUGUUUCAAAAGCAGAGAGACAGGAAGCAAGAAUGAAAGUACGGCAGGACUCUUUAAGACUUGGCAACGUUGGUGUCAUCAGAGCUGGAACUGUCAUAUCUGAGACAUGGGAAGACGGCCAAGCUUUAAAGGAUCUCAAUGCUCAUCUUAGACAAUUGCUAGAAACAAAGGAAGCUGUUGAGCGGCAAAGGAAAUUUUUAAAGAAAAGGCAGUCUGAUAAGGGAGAUGGAGGAGCUGAUUCAGACACAGCAACGCAAGAAGAAGAUAUUCUCAUCCAGGAUGAAAUCUACAAGGCCCGCCUAACCAGUAUCAAACGUGAGGAAGAAACUAUUUUGCGGGAGAGAGAUCGAUAUGAACUAGAAAAGGGAAGGCUUAUACGUGAAAUGAAGCGUAUACGGGAUGAAGAUGGUUCUCGCUUCAACAAUUUUCAGGUUCUCAACCACAGAUUUGCCUUACUAAAUCUUCUUGGGAAAGGAGGAUUCAGCGAGGUUUACAAGCAGGCUUAUGAUUUGGUAGAGCAUAGAUAUGUUGCAUGUAAGCUUCAUGGUUUGAAUGCUCAGUGGAGCGAAGAUAAGAAGCAGAGUUACAUACGGCAUGCAAUUCGGGAGUAUAACAUCCACAAGACUUUGGUGCAUCGUCACAUUGUCCGGCUCUGGGACAUCUUUGAGAUUGACCAGAAUACAUUCUGCACUGUCUUAGAUUACUGUAGUGGGAAAGAUCUUGAUGCGGUACUUAAAGCAACACCUGUGCUGCCGGAAAGGGAAGCUCGAAUUAUUAUUGUUCAGAUAUUUCAAGGCCUUGUAUACUUGAACAAAAGAACACAGAAGAUUAUCCAUUAUGAUUUGAAGCCUGGAAAUGUUUUAUUUGAUGAACUUGGUGUUGCAAAAGUUACAGAUUUUGGUCUUAGCAAGAUAGUGGAGGAUGAUGUUGGAUCCCAGGGAAUGGAACUUACGUCCCAGGGAGCUGGAACAUACUGGUAUUUACCUCCUGAAUGCUUUGAACUCCACAAGACACCUCUCAUAUCGUCAAAGGUUGAUGUUUGGUCCGCUGGUAUUUUGUUUUACCAAAUGCUCUUUGGAAAGCGUCCUUUUGGGCAUGAUCAGUCUCAAGAACGUAUACUACGUGAAGACACAAUUAUCAAAGCUCGCAAAGUUGAUUUUCCUUCUAGACCUUCUGUAUCAAAUGAGGCAAAGGAAAUGAUUCGCCGGUGUCUAACAUAUAACCAAGCAGAAAGGCCGGAUGUUUUGACUAUUACUCAAGAUCCAUAUCUCUCAUACUCCAAGAGGUAACAAGUCUUCCAAAGCCGCGGCAGCUGAAUGUUAGAGUUUAUUUUUGCUCAAUAGAAAAUCAAAUGAUUUACGGCUACCCCACAUGCCAAUUUUUGUAUAGUUUGUAAAGGUUUUUUUAAUUACUGGCUGCUCCGAGCUCAAUUUUAUAUUGGAAUUCAUACAUGGGCAUUAACUACUUUACUCAGUGUUGUUGGGGUUGAAACAAACUACCUAACGUGGGAGUUAGGUUACCAGAGCUCUUUUCAGCUAGGACAUUUGAAACGAUAAAAGUUUGCAUGGUUUCCACUA